GGCCAGGAUGCAGUCUAUUGGUUGAUGAGUUAAUACUCCAAAGUCACGAUGUCGAAAAACACUCCUGAAGCCGCAAUUAAGGUAAUCGUAAUCGGCGCAGGCCUAGGCGGCUGCGCCACCGCUCUAGCCAUGAAACAUCACGGACACGAGGUGAUCGUCUACGAGAAACUCACCACCUUCCGACGGCUAGGUGAUUCCCUAGGUCUCGGCGAGAAUGCACUCAAACUCCUGGAACGUUGGGGCGGACAUCGACUCUACCAUGCGCUGACUCGCAUUGGCAACCAAGCGCCCGACAUGCAGAUCCGCCGCUGGCAUGACGGUCAAAUUCUCGCCACGCAGCCGCUCAUGGACAUGGCGGGCUACAUUGGACACCGGGGUGAUUAUCAUGAAGCUUUUCUGAAAUCGGUGCGGGAUGCGGGGAUUGAGAUACGGGUGGGGAGGGGGGCAGUGGCGUAUGAUGAAGAGAGUGGAGAGAGGCCGAAAGUGCGGUUUUCGGAUGGGACGGAGGACGAGGCGGAUGUGGUGGUCGGCGCGGAUGGGAUCAAGUCCCGGGCCAGGGAACUGGUGCUGGGGUUUCAGGAUGCGCCAAAGAGUAGUGGUUACUCGUGUUUCCGGGCAUAUUUUCCAGGAAGGCAUCUGAGGGAGGACCCGAUGUGUACGGAGUUUGUGGAUCAUGAUUGUGUGAAUAUAUGGAUAGGCGAAGACACCCACUUUAUCCAAAACACCCUGCGCAACGGCAAUGAGUUCAACUGGAUCGUUACGCGCCAGCUGUCCCACGAAGCUGACAUGGAGAUCAAAGAGUCAUGGUUCCAGGAAGGUGACAUGGAGGAAGUUCGCCGUGUGCUUGCAACCCUCGAUCCCCGCAUCCGCGCUGCUGUGGAGUACACUCCCUCAUGUCUUGACUGGAAGAUUUGCUACCGUGAUCCCUUGCCCACUUGGGUGUCCAAAAGUCACAAAAUUGUGUUGUUGGGCGAUAGUUGCCAUCCGCACUUACCGACUAGUGCCCAGGGCGCGAGCCAGGCGACAGAGAGUGCGGCUGUGUUGGCCGUUUGUCUGAAGUUGGCGGGGAAGGAAGGGAUCCCAGUGGCGACGCGCACGUACGAGAAGUUACGCUUCCCUCGGACUCGCGCGAGUCAGACCAAUGGAGAAGACCUCCGUGAUCGCUGGCACAAUGCUUUGAAAAAUGUUGCCGACGGAGUGGAGAUUGACCCAGAGUCGAUCAAGAUGAGAAAUAGGUGGCUGUAUGCGUUUGAUGCCGAGGCCGAUACCCUGGAGCGUUGGGCCAAGAUGUCCUCACAGGUGUCGAAGGAAUUUCGAAAUGGCAAAAUCUCGCCCCUAUGUUAGACAGCAGGGAAUUAGAUCAUACUAUAUACGAGGGGCUCGUAGUCUGUCGCAAAGUGGUCAGGGUACGGUCCAAGCUGUAUUGCCUCAGCUAAGAGCGAAUAUCAAUAUGACGGAAGGAACAUCGCCUAUAUGACAUGAGAUACUAGGCAUGCGGCGUUUUGGGAGCGCAAGGCAGUCAGUAACGUUGAGUGACUUCAUCUAGGGCGAAGUUGAGAUCGAAUAUACUGUAUUUGAGUUUAUGAAGAAAAAGAAGCCAGUCC